AUGCGCGCCUUGAUGCUCGUCGAGCGCGUCAAGAGCUUCACCCAGCCCGACCUCGCUUCGUGCUUUGAGGUCCAAAACGUCCCUGUGCCCGUCCUCGGCGCCGACCAAGUGCUCGUCAAGGUCGCUUGCAGCCCCAUCAACCCGUCCAACUUGAUGCAAUUGCAAGGUCUGUACGAUAACUUUGGUCAGAUGCCGCUCCCGCAGGUCACGGGCGGCGAGGGCUCUGGCACCGUCGUCGCGGCCGGUGACAGCGCCUACGCCCAGUCGCUCAUCGGCAAGCGCGUCGGCACGGUCGCCAACCCCGCUGGCAUGUGGGCCGAGUACGUUGCUGACAUUGGCGCCGAGUACAUUGUCGACACGUCCAACGCCGACUGGGUCGCGCAGCUGGAGAAGCUCGCGACGGAGCUCGGCGCCACGAUCGGAUUUGACGCUGUGGGCGGUGCGACGUCGGGCGCAGUGCUCUCGGCCAUGCCGGCCAACUCGGAGCUCUUCGUGUAUGGUGCUCUCUCGGGCGAAGGCGUCAAGGGCGUGAGCCCGCGCGACUUGAUUUUCCUCAACAAGAAGGUGUCGGGCUUCUGGCUCGUCACGUACCUCGGCCAGCGCGGCGCCGGCAUGGUUGAGAUGGUCGGCAAGGUCGCGAACGCGCUCACCAGCACGUUCCAGACCAAGAUUCGUGUCUCGUACCCGCUCGAGGAGGCUGCGGCGGCGUUCCAGGACUACUCGGCCAACAUGAGCAACGACAAGGUUGCGUUCAAGCCUUUCAACUAG